AUGCCCAAAAAAACCAGUGGGAAGUUCUCUUGUUCCGUCUGUCUGGAUCUCCUGAAGGAUCCGGGGACGGUUCCCUGUGGACACAGCUACUGCAGCAACUGUAUUAAAAGCCACUGGGAUGAAGAGAAGAACAAAGGAGUCUACAGCUGUCCUCACUGCAGAGAGAAGUACAUGCGAAGACCUGACCAAGAAAAUAUCAUGCUAGCAAAGUUAGUAGAGGAUCUGAAGAAGACUGGACUCCAAGCUGCUGCAGCUGAUCUCUGCUCUGCUGGACCUGAAGAUGUGUCCUGUGAUGUUUGCUCUGGGAGGAAGCUGAAAGCCGUCAAGUCCUGUCUGGUCUGUUUGGCCUCUUACUGUGAGGAACACCUCCAACCUCACCAUCAAUCUGCUGCUUUUAAGAAACACCAGCUGGUGGAGCCCUCCAAGAAGCUCCAGGAGCAGAUCUGCUCUCGUCACAAGAGUUUCUGUCGCACCGAUCAGCAGUGUAUCUGUUACAUCUGCACCAUGGAGCAACACAGAGGCCAUGAAACAGUCCCAGCUGCAGCAGAGAGGAGGCAG